AUGGGCACAACUAGCCAAUCAUUUAACAGCGUCCUUUUAUGAUGUCACGUGCACGCAAUCAUCGAAUCCAAUCCAAGCAUAAAAGUUAUCCACCGCGGGCAAAACUGGCGAAGCUGAACUCGAGUGGGGGUGGUAAUGGCUUUUACUGAACAUCAAAAUACUGAAAGAUUUUCCCUUUUACUGUUGGAGCCUGGGGAAAUUUAUUUCAAGGAUUACAGUGUAUACCUGUAUCCUGACGAGGUUCCGGAGGCCGAAGCUUUAAAACGUCGGCAGAAAGGAAGACUUAAAAUAUGUUCCAAGUCCCUGCUUUUUGUUCCAGAAGAGAUUAAUCGACCUAUCUUAAAGACAAACAUGGCUUCAGCAACAUCGCCGGCACUAUUUCUUGGAAAAUGCAUAACUUCCACUAUGAGGAAGACUGUAUGUGUUAGUGUUCCUAGAUUUGUGUUGGACAAACACCUGCUGGCGCAUUACAAAGAAAGAACAGAAUAUGAUGUUUUGGACAGAAAUGAAGAGUGCCAACCUGGUGACUGGGUCUUAAUAAAGGAACUGCCAGAACGUAUUAGCCUAAGGGUUGCACACAAAGUUGAACGCAUCGUGUUCAAAAGUGGCAACAUCAUUGACCCAUUAACGGGAGAAAAGUGCAUCUUCACUGAGUUUGUCAAGGAUGUUGACCAGGAAAGUGAAAUAUUUGGCAUAUCACCACCUUACAAGUCUGUAGAGUUACCCGAAGAAGUACCAAAGCUGACUGAAAAGUAGUCUUCCACGUUUUUAUUUUUUUUUGUGUGUGUAUAUAUGUGUGUGUUUAGGAAACUUAUGUUUAGUAUCACAGAGGAAUACCAUGUAAUAAAAUUAAUGAUUAGCUAAGA